AUGGACGCCGGCGUUUCUCACCAGUUACAUCAUCCCCCAGAUCACCAACUCAACAACCACCACCCACGCACCAGCUACCUCGAUCACGAAUCCCAACCAACGCCAAACGACUACGGCGCAAACGCUGCCGAUCUCAACAACAACCACUACCUAACCCCCUCUGGCCGUUUUACUGAGGAGUGGGACGCCAGUCAGCGAGGGAGCUCCAUCAUAGACGGCCACCGCCCAACUCAAAGCAACAAGCUCGCCAUGCAGCGCACUGCCUCCAUUAGCAGCUAUGCUGCUGGUGACGACGUCAACCUGCCCAACAGGAACAACACUCUCCGCAAGAAGCCAUCUAUGCGCCGCACCGGCAGUCUCAGUCGCAGCGCCAGUCGACGCAGCAAUAGGGCUGGCAGCGUCCGCAGCCUGGCUCUCCAUUCCUCCUCUGACCGCGAUGAGAGCCACAGCGCCUUUUAUUGUCCCGUCCCGACCUCGGGCAAUCCCACUACCAUUCUUGCCGAGAGAUUCCAGACCUGGAGAAAGUUUCUCAAGGACUUGAUCAGCUACUUUCGCGAAAUUCAAAGCCACUAUGAGCAGCGUGCCAAAUCUCUGACCAAACUUGGCAAUGCGGUGAACAAUGUUCCCACGCCCGACAGCUUCCUCAAGUCUGCCGGCAUUGAUGACGCAUUGCAGCUUCUUCGCUCGUACAACAAGACUGCCGUUCAGGAAGCUCAAAAGGCCAAGGAGAUUGAAGAGGAUGUCAUCCUCGCCCUGACAGGCCUGCGAAGCGAUCUGCAGCAAAAGAUCAAGGAAAUCAAGCAACUCUCUGGUGACUUCAAAAACUCGGUAGACAAAGAGAUGAACGCCACUACCAAGGCCGUCAGCGCCCUGGCCGAUGUCCUCGAUAAGAAUGAGGUUGACGCCUCCUCCACCACCGGAAGGCAGGAUCCCUUCCUUCUCCGCCUCGCCGUUGACCGUCAGGUCGAGCGCCAAAUUGACGAGGAGAAUUACUUGCACCAAGCCUACCACAACCUCGAGGGCUCAGGCAGAGAGCUCGAGUCCAUUGUCGUCGGCGAGAUUCAAAAGGCCUACAACGCCUACGCUGGCAUUCUUAAGCGCGAGGCCGACAACGCCUUGAACGUUGUCGGUGAGCUCCGCGACGGUCCCAUUGCCAUGCCCAAGGACCAGGAAUGGAUCCACUUCGUCACUCACGAAGAUCAGGUCGUUGAUCCCACCGUGCCUCUGCGCUCCCCGGACCAGAUCCAUUAUCCCGGUCAAGAUCACUUGUCCGCGCAGGAGAUUCGCGCUGGGCUGCUGGAGCGCAAGAGCAAGUACCUCAAGAGCUACACUGCCGGCUGGUACGUUCUUUCUUCUACUCACCUUCAUGAAUUCAAGUCGGCAGACAAGAACCAAGCGCCUGUCAUGUCGCUCUACCUUCCCGAACAGAAAGUCGGCUCCCACUCGGAGGACGGCAGCUCCUCCAACAAGUUCGUCCUCAAAGGUCGUCAGACCGGUGGCAUGCACCGCGGCCACACUUGGGUCUUCCGCGCCGAAAGCUACGACACCAUGCUGGCCUGGUACGAGGAUAUCAAGGCCCUGACCGAAAAGUCCCCCGAAGAACGUCAGCAGUUUGUCCGCACCCACUCCAGAAGCUUGAGCCGCUCGUCACGUCGCUCAGCGAGGUCCGUCAGCAGCGACGGGCUUGAUGACGAGGACGAGGAACCAUUCACAGGCGGUGAAGUCGACACAAACCCUACCGCGCGUGCCGAUGCCGCUCCCAGACGACCCGAACCAGGUGGGCGGUUUCCAUCCGAUCUUCAAGUCAUGACGCAGAGCGGCUUACACGCGCCCCUAUCGCCCUCUAGCCUAAGUUCUGGUGCCCAGGAAUAUCCAUCGGAUGCCCAUGUAAUUGCCGCGGCGGGCGCCCUCCCGGGAUCUCAUACAUCUCAUGACGGCGCUUACCAAGACAACUAUGGAUACGGCGGCGGGUCCGGCUACACCCCGAUGGAUGAAGUGUCGUCCCAGGCGGCCAUUGCCCACCAGCAGGCGCAGUAUGACGGUGUCAACCCGUAUACCAGCGAGCCGGUGCAGCAGCGAGAGGCGGAGGGCGGUGAUUUAGGUGUGGGACACGGCGCAGUCCCAGUUGUAGUUGCAGAUACCCGAGUCAACGGUGACGGCCAGGUGCCGCACGAGCAAGCGACUCCCGAAGCUGCCGUGGCAGCCGAUUCCCACGGAGUUAUUAAUAACAAACCUGAUACCACAACGGACGUCAGCGACGAGCAAGUCAAGAGCAUCUCAGCGGCAGCGGCCGCGGCGGCGAUUGUCGACUCCGACGCCGUUCCCUCAUCGGAGACCCCCGCCGCCAUCCCAAACAAGGCUCUUCAGGCGGUUCCUGAGGCUGAGGCUGCCGACCACAUCACGCCUCUCGAGACACCCAUGACCGAGGAUGUGCCCAAGCCCUCGAACAGGCCCCAAGACCACCGAACCGAUAGCAUGUUGACGAUUUCCAACCUCGACAUUCCCGGCCGUUUCCCCAAGGGAGGUUCUACUGCGGACGGAAGCGCGGCCAAUGUUGCCGCAUGA